GUUGGAUUACAAGGAAGUAAAGAACCCAUGGGUAUAAUGCAAGAUGAUGGCGGAGGUUCGGAAGAAGAACGGUCGGAAUCUAUUUCGGAAUUACCCUCGAUAUCAGAAUUGAGCCGAAAAAAAUCAGCAAUGUCUGAUCAAAGUUCAUUAAAAACAUCAGGAAAUGCCAAAGCGAACAGAACGAGAUUGAAAUUUUUGCUUGAACAAGCAAAUCGCUUCAAAAAUCCAAGAUUAUUUGAUUUUAGGCGCAGUAGUGUCGAUAUGCGUCGAGAAAAUUUAGCUGGCGAACUUCUGGAAAAAAUAUCCACACCUCUAAAUAAUACAGGACCAGAAGGUCCACCAAGAAUUCUUGAAAUACCUGAAAACGUUACAGUACCAGAAAAUGAAACUGCUGUUUUGAAGUGUAAAGUUGGAGGCAAUCCAGCACCUACAUUUAAAUGGAGCAAAGGACUUCGAGAGAUUCCUUCUGGUGGCCGCUUCCGAAUCGUUUCUGAUAAGCAGGAUAAUUCUGUAUGUCUUGUGAUGCAAAAAUGUAGGUCACAGGAUGAUGGCUCAUACAUGUUAACAGUUGAAAAUAAGCAUGGAAAAGAUUCUGCAGCAGUCAAAUUAUUAGUAACAUCAGAAGCUGGUCUUGAUUUUAGGUCAAUGUUGAAGCAUAGAGAUCAUGAAAAUGGCGGAGAAGAAGAGGAUGAAAAAAGUGUAUCUUUGAAACCGAAAGAGAAACCAAAAAGUGAAGCUGAACGUCGUCAGUCAUUGUUUCCAGGCAAAAAAGUUGAAAAAUGGGAAAUACCUCUAGAAAACAAAACUGUUCAGCAGCAAGUAGAUAAAAUUUGCGAAUGGAAAUGCACAUAUUCUCGGCCAAAUGCUAAAAUUCGAUGGUACAAAGAUAAGAAAGAAAUUUUCAGCGGUGGUUUGAAAUAUAAAAUUGUGAUCGAGAAAGCCGUUUGCACGCUAAUUAUAAAUAAUCCUGAAGUUGAUGAUAGUGGACGAUACACUUGUGAAGCAAAUGGAUUACCAACAACGGCUAUUUUAACUGUGGAUGAACCACCAAUGAAAUAUAGCUUCAUCGCACCUCUUCCAAAUACACAGGAAAUAUAUCGAACAAAGCAAGGCAUUCUUACUUGCAAAGUAAAUAAUAAGCGUGCGCCACUUGUCUGGCAUCAUGAAGGCAAACCAAUUUCAGAAACAGAUAAGCGCUUUCUGAUUGAAAGUGAUGCUGUUGGUCGAUUUACUUUGACCAUCAAGGACGUUAUUAUAGAAGAUGCUGGUGAAUGGAUGGCAAAAAUUAGUAAUGAAGUUUACAGCAAAGUGCAAAUAUAUGUCGAAGAGCCACGACAUACAUUUGUCAUUCCACUCAAAUCACAAAAAGUCUUGGAAAAAGAAAGUACAGUAUUAGAAUGUGAUGUAAACGAUAAAGAUGCAGACGUUGAAUGGUGGCAUGAUGGAAUGAAAAUUAAAUUAGAUGGUAAAAAAUUCAUUGCUGAAAGCCAUAAUCGCAAGCGACGAUUAAUUAUUAACGUUGCUAAGCUGGAAGAUCAUGGAGAAUAUAAGUGUACUACAAAAGAUGACCAGACAAUGUCACAGCUUAUUGUUGAUGCGCUAAACGUAUUUACUGUACCACUAACUGACAUGGAAGUUAUCGAAAAAGAUGAUGUUUGUUUGCGUUGUGAAACAAAGGACAAUAAAACUCCAGGCGUGUGGACAAAAAAUGGGAAAACGAUCACAUCGAAACCUGGUGGAAAGUUUGAAACAGUAUCAAGACAGGGCGUGCAUACUCUUAAAAUUUCAAAAAUUGAGCUUUCUGAAGGAGACGUUUACGAAAUUAAUGUUGCUGGUUUAGAAGGUUCGUGUGUUAUCACUGUUUUGGAAUCUGAGAAACGACCGGUAAUGAACUGGAAGCCCAAAAAAAUUGAUAUGGAAGCAGGAAAACCAGAAGAAAUUAAAGUUCCGUUUUCCAUCAAAGGUACUCGAAGAGGUGACCCCAAACCGGUAUUAUAUCGAGACGGUAAACCAGUAAAUAUGGAUUUGAUUAAGGAUCUCGUAGAAGUUGUAGUGAAUGGUGAUGUCGCUGAGAUUAAGUUCAAAAAUCCAAAAAAAGAGGAUACUGGAAAAUGGGCACUAGAACUUAGCAAUUCUGGUGGCACGGCACUUGCACCAUUCGAAUUAUUUGUCAAAGAUAAGCCUAAAGCACCAAAAGGACCACUUGAAACCACAAAUAUUGAUUCAAAAGGAUGUGAUUUGAAGUGGAAUGUACCAGAUCCAGAUGAGAAUGCUCCUGUUCGAAGCUUCAUUGUCGAGAUGCAAGAAGGUGAUGGAAAAUGGACCAAAAUCGGAGAAACGAAACAAACUGAAUUCAAGGUGAAAAGUUUGAAAGAAAAUGGUGAAUACAAGUUCCGAGUAAAAGCCACAAAUGAUGUUGGUGCAUCAGAACCACUCAUUAGUGAAGGAAUAGUAGCCAAAGAUCCGUACAAGGUUCCGGGAAAGCCAAAAAAUAUGACAGCAACUGAUAUUGAUAAAGACUCGCUAAUACUACAAUGGAAAGCUCCUGAUAAUGAUGGUGGUGCGCCUAUUGAAAAAUACAUUGUUGAAAGAAGAAAUAAGUCCGAAAAAGAAUGGAAUGAAGUUGGUGUAGUACCAUCAUCAUCUGAAGAAAAAGAUGUCUUCACACUUCUGGAUAAUACAGUUGUUGAAGGCAAUGAGUAUUAUUAUCGAGUUCGAGCAGUUAAUAAGGCUGAACCACCUGGUUUUCCAAACAAUGGCAUUUGGGAUUUAAAAUUAAAAGUUGGUGAGACAAUCAAAUACGACUUAGUGAUAGUUGGUGAACCGGUACCGGAAGCAAUCUGGGUAAAAGAUGACAAACUAAUAAAACCUGGUGGUCGCUGUAAAAUGAUUACGGAACGAGGCAAACAUCUUUUCAAGGUUGAAAAUGCUGAAAGAGCUGAUUCUGGAGAAUACAUGUUGACUCUCAAAAAUGAUAAUGGUAAAUGUGAUUCGAAAGCAAGAGUUACUGUUGUUGGCCGUCCAAGUCCACCUAAAGGGCCUUUAGAAAUUUCGGAUAUUUGUGGUGAUGGUGCUACAUUAGCAUGGAAUCCUCCAGAUGAUGAUGGCGGUGAACCUAUAGAUGAAUAUAUUGUGGAAGCACAAAAUAUGGAAGAUAAAGGAAAAUUUAUACCAGUUGGUGUGGUAUCUGGUAAUCAAACUAAAUUAUCUGUGAAUGGAUUAAAGAAUAAAGAAAAUUAUAAGUUCAGAGUGAAGGCAAAAAACAAGGAAGGUGAAUCAGAUCCACUUUCUGCAGAUCAGUACAUUCUAAUAAAGGAUCCUUGGGAUGAACCUGGAAAACCAGGUCGUCCUGAAAUCACUGACCAUGAUGCAGAUAGAAUUGAUAUUGCCUGGCAUCCACCAUCGAAAGAUGGCGGUGCUCCGAUUGAAGAAUACAUUAUCGAAGUUAAAAAUCCAGUAACUCGUGAAUGGAGUGAAAUAACAAGAUCACCUACGACAAGUGCAUCAAUAAAAGGUUUGAAAAAAGGUAACGAAUACCAGUUUCGGGUAAAGGCGGUUAAUAAAGCUGGACCGGGUAACCCAAGUGAACCAUCUGAUAGACAAAUUGCUAAACCUAAAUUUGUUCCGGCAUGGUUGAAAUUGGAUGAUUUAAAGAGUUUUACUGUGAAAGCAGGGCAAUCAGUGAAGUGGAAUAUCGAAUUCGGAGGUGAACCAGCACCUGAAGUUAUUUGGUUCAAAAAUAACGAAGUUCUAUUAGCAAGUGAAUCUAUUCAGGUUGAAACGAAAAAACAGGCACAUACAUUAGUCCACAUACCAUCAGCAAAACGUUCAGAUGUGGGCAAGUACUCACUUAAAGUGAAAAAUUCUACUGGUGAACAAAUCGGUACCGCUGAUCUAGUUGUCUUGGACAGACCAAGUCCACCACUAGGUCCUUUAGAAGUAUCGGAUGUCUUCGAAGAUAAUUGCAACCUUCUUUGGACACCACCUGAAGAUGAUGGUGGUGAACCCAUUGAAUAUUAUGAAGUAGAGAAAUUCGACACAGAAAUAGGAAAAUGGAUUCCAUGCGCUAAAGUGAAGGAUACCAGAGCGCAUAUUGAAGACUUGCAAAAGGGCCACUCUUACCAGUUUCGUGUGAAAGCUGUAAAUCGUGAAGGUGCUAGUGAUCCAUUAGCAACCAAAUACGCUACUCUGGCGAAGAAUCCUUACGAUGAACCUGGAAAACCAUCAGCUCCUGAAGUGACUGACUGGGACAUUGAUCGAGUAAAUUUGGCAUGGGAUCCUCCAGCUAAUGAUGGUGGCUCUCCAAUAACUGGUUACAUAGUUGAAAAACGAGACAAGCAUUCUAAAGAUUGGAGUGAAUGCUUUAAAACACAUGGUCCUGAGUGUGAAGCUAAAAUUUUGGGUUUGAAAGAAGGUGAAGAAUAUCGGUUCCGAAUAAGAGCCAUCAACAAAGCUGGAUCUGGAGAAGCAUCUGAUCCAAGUCGAAGAGUUAUCGCAAAGCAUCUGAAGCCAUAUAUUGAUCGAGAAUCAAUGAAAUCGAUUGUGAUCAAAGCUGGACAGAGUAUGGAAUGGAACAUUCCAGUCAUUGGAGAACCGCCACCACAAAAAGUUUGGACACAUAAUGAAAAAGCAGUAGAAGACGAUGGACGUAUUGUGAUAACUUAUGAAGAUUACAAGACUACAUUCGUGCUCAAAAAUGCAGCACGAAAGUAUACUGGAAAAUAUACGUUAACAGCAACAAAUGUUAAUGGAAAAGAUGAGCAUUCAAUGGAAAUAACGGUCAUUGCUCGACCCUCUGCUCCUGAAGGUCCAUUGGAAGUAUCAGAUAUUCAUGCGGAUCAUAUGAAUCUAAAGUGGAAGCCACCAGAAGAUGAUGGUGGUCUUCCAAUCGACCAUUAUGAGAUUGAGAAAAUGGAUAUGUCUACUGGUAGAUGGGUUCCAUGUGGACGAUCAGAAGAUUGCACAGCAACUGUGCAUAAUUUGCAAGAAGGGAAACUUUAUCAAUUCCGUGUUCGGGCUGUGAACAAAGAAGGCGAAUCAAGUCCACUUUCAACAGAAGGUGACGGACUUUUAGCUAAAAAUCCGUAUGACAUCCCAGAAAAAAUGGAUAAGCCAGAAAUAGUCGAUUGGGACAAGGAUCACAUUGAUUUGCAGUGGAAAGCUCCAAAUGAUGGCGGUUCGCCUAUUGAGGAGUAUGUGAUAGAAAUGAAAGACAAAUACGGAAAAUGGACAGAAGCAAUGAAAGUACCAGGGUCUGAAACAGCUGCUCGAGUAGAAAAUUUGAAACCAGGUGAAGAAUAUCAGUUUCGUAUUGCUGCCAAGAAUAAAGCUGGUGUAGGUGAACCAUCGAAUCCAAUGGCACCUCAUAUUCAUCGUGAAGAUAUUGAAGAUAUAGUUAUCAAAGUAGGACAACCCUUAAGACUUAAUAUACACAUUGAUGGUGAGCCACCACCUCAUGUUACGUGGAGUUGUAAUGGCAAAUCACUUCAUUCAGAUGUUCUCAUCGAAGACGAAGAUUAUAUCACUAAAUUUGCUAUAGCAAAAGCACUUAGAAAACAGUCAGGAGCUUAUACUAUAACAGCUACAAAUGGGAGUGGUACUGAUACUGUCACUUUCAAAAUCAAAAUAAAAGGGAAACCAGGAAAACCGAAGGGACCUGUAGACGUCAAAGAUGUCUUCGAAGAUCGGGCAACUUUAAGCUGGCAAGCACCAGAAGAUGAUGGCGGAGAACCUAUUGAUCAUUAUGAAUUGGAAAAAUUGGACACUAAAGAUGGUAUAUGGGUACCUUGUGGAAAAUCUAAGGACACAUGUUUCCAAGUUGAAAACCUUAUGAAAGACAGGCAUUACCAGUUCCGUAUCAAGGCAGUAAAUUCUGAAGGAGCUUCUGAGCCUUUGGUUACAGACAGCACUAUUCAUGCUAAAAAUCCAUUUGAUAAACCUGAUAAGCCAGGUAAGCCAGAGCCAACAGACUGGGAUAAAGAUCACGUUGACCUGGAGUGGACUAAGCCAUUAAGUGAUGGCGGAGCACCGAUUGAAGAAUACCGCAUUGAAAAACGAAGCAAAUAUGGACGAUGGGAACCUGCUUUAAUAGUACCAGGUGAUUCAACUACAGCUACUGUACCUGAUCUUGUGGAAGGUGAGGAGUAUGAAUUUCGUAUCAUAGCUGUAAACAAAGGGGGACCGUCUGAUCCAAGCGAUCCAAGUGUCGCCGUAAUUGCGAAACCACGAAACUUGGCACCGAAAAUUGAUCGUAGCGCUUUGAAAACUGUAAGAGCAGGACAAAUGAUUACAUUUGAUGUAUCAGUCGAGGGUGAGCCACCACCAAAAAUCACUUGGUUUAAUCCAGAAGGACGCGAAGUCAAACGUGGUGGUCGUGUCAAGCUUGACAAUCCAGAUUAUAAGACAAAAUUACAAAUAAGAUCAUCUGAACGAAGUGACAGUGGUACUUACACUGUUCGAGCUGUAAAUCCCAUUGGUGAAGAUGAGGCUACUGUCGAAGUUAAUGUUAUCGAUAAACCAUCACCUCCGGUAGGCCCUUUGAAUACAACAAAUAUUCACGCUGAUCACGUUACUCUAGAUUGGAAAGAACCAAAAGAUGAUGGUGGAUUACCCAUUGAUAAUUAUGUUAUAGAAAGAUUUGACACAACAAGCGGACACUGGGUUCCAUGUGUCAAGGUUGAUGGAGGACAGACAAGUGCAGUUGUUGACGGUCUUAUUGAAGGACAUGAAUACAAAUUUCGUGUUUCUGCUGUAAAUGCUGAAGGUGAAUCAGAACCAUUAGAAACGCUUGGAAAUAUUCUUGCCAAAAAUCCGUAUGAUCCUCCAGGUAAAACUGGCAAGCCCGAAAUCGCUGACUGGGAUAAAGAUCAUGUUGAUUUGAUAUGGACACCUCCUACGAACGAUGGAGGUGCACCAAUAGAAGGCUAUAUUGUUGAAAUGAAAGAAAAGUUUGCACCAUUCUGGAACAAAGCUAUAGAGGUACCAGCUAACCAGCUUGCAGCGACAAUACCAAACUUAAAAGAGGGCUACGAGUAUGAAUUCAGAAUACGAGCCAAAAACAAAGCUGGUCCUGGAGAUCCAUCAGAUCCAAGCAAUUCUAUAAUUGCUAAGCCUCGACACGUAGCCCCAAAAAUUGAUCGUACCGCAAUUGAGGAAAUCAAAGUGCGUGCUGGCAAUAACUUCCAGUUAAAUAUUCCAGUUUCUGGUGAACCACCUCCGGUGGUUACAUGGUCAUUUCAAGGAGAGCAAUUACAAUCUACUGAAAGGAUAAAAAUUGAAAAUCCGGACUACAAAACCAAAUUCACUGUACGACGUGCUCUUCGCUCUGAUACUGGUGUUUACACAAUUAAAGCAGAAAAUGAAAAUGGCACAGACGCAGCUGAAGUGCAUGUAUUGGUUUAUGAUCGCCCAGGAGAGCCUAAAGGUCCACUAAGAGUGAAUAAUGUUCAUAAAAAUGGAUGUACUUUGGAUUGGCAAGAACCUGAAGAUAAUGGAGGUACAGAGCUUAGUCAUUACAUUGUAGAAAAACAAGAUGUUAAAACGGGGCGAUGGACAUUUGCAGGUGAAGCACAUAGCACAACCAUGCAGAUUGAUGAUCUUAAUCCAGGACAUGAGUACACUUUUCGUGUUAAAGCAGUCAAUAAAUAUGGUGAAUCAGAUCCACUGAAAACUACUGAAUUCAUCAUCGCUAAAGAUCCAUUUGAUACGGCUGGUAAACCAGGUACUCCAGAUAUUGUAGACUGGGAUAAAGAUCAUGCAGAUCUUCAAUGGACACCUCCUUUGGAUGACGGCGGUGCACCAAUUGAGAAAUACAUUAUUGAAAAGAAAAUGCCUAAUGGGGACUGGGAAUUUGCGGAAGAAGUAUCAGCAAAUCAGACAGCUAGCACAGUAGGUCAGCUUAAAGAAGGAAAUACCUAUCAGUUCCGCGUUAAAGCUAUUAAUAAAGCUGGUGAAUCAACACCUUCAGAUCCAAGUCGUACUUUGGUGGCUAAGACACGCAAUUUGCCGCCAAAGAUAGAUAAGUCUACAUUAAAUGAAGUGCGGGUGAAGGCUGGCGGUGUCAUUGAAUUCCACGUCAAAGUUGAAGGGGAACCACCACCAAAAAUAGCCUGGUUCAACCACGAUACACCACUAACAACAUUUGAACGUACAAAAGUGGAUAAUACUGUAGAUUAUCGUACAAAAUUGGUUACUGUAGAUGCUGUACGUAGUGAUUCCGGUACUUACAGGAUUGUUGCUACUAAUGAAAAUGGUAGAGAUGAAGCGGAAGUGAAAGUUAUAGUACUUGAGAUUCCAGGGACUCCAAAUGGACCGUUAGAUGCCAAAGAUAUCACAAAAGAAAGUUGCACAUUACAUUGGAAUCCUCCAGACGAUGAUGGCGGUUCCCCUAUCUCACAUUACGUAGUGGAAAAACAGGAAGUCAAUGGCCGGUGGGUACCAUGUGGAGAAACUUUUGACACAAGCUUACGUGUCAAUAAACUUAUUGAAGGAAAAGAGUACAAAUUUCAAGUAAGAGCUGUAAAUCGUCAAGGUGAAUCCCAACCUUUGAUAUCGCCUUAUCCAAUUGUGGCCAAAAAUCCAUUCAAUGAACCUGGAAAACCUAUGGAUUUAACUGCAGUUGACUGGAAUAAGGAUCAUGUAGAUUUAGAGUGGAAAGCACCAUUGAGUGACGGUGGUGCACCAGUUGAGAAAUAUAUUGUUGAAAAAAAAGAUAAAUUAGGAGACUGGAUUCAGUGUGCAACAUCACUGGGACAUAUCACUAAAGUUACCGCAACUAACUUAAUAUCGGGUGAAAGUUAUCAAUUUAGAGUACGAGCUGUUAAUAAAGCUGGAAAAGGAGAACCUUCCGACCCUACAAAUGAGAUUAUCGCAAAACCUAGAAAGCUAACCCCUAAAAUUAAUCUGGCUGGGCUUUUAGAUAUCCGAGUUAGAGCGGGAUCGCCUAUUCAUAUGAAAGUAAACUACGACGGUGAGCCAGAACCGACAGCAGCCUGGAAAAUUAAUGAUACUCUGUUCCCUGAUACAAAUAGGAUAGAAAUUACUACAAAUAAUAAGACUAGUGAGAUUCUGAUCCCAUCAUCAGUACGUAGUGAUUCUGGUACUUACACAAUUGUUGUCGAAAAUGAACAUGGCAAAGAUAAAGCAUCUUGUAGCGUAACAGUUUUGGACGUCCCCGGAAUACCUGAAGGACCAGUCAAAGUCACUGAUGUGAGUAAAGAAGGAUGCACAUUAUCUUGGAAACCUCCGGCUGAUGAUGGUGGUUCCGAUAUUAUGCAUUAUGUUGUUGAGAAAAUGGACACAAAUCGUGGUACUUGGCAGGAAGUAGGUCAUUUUCCAGACUGCUCUGCUAAAGUGACAAAAUUGAUCAAUGGCAAAGAGUACAAAUUCUGUAUAAAAGCAGUGAAUAUGCAAGGAGAAUCAAAACCCUUAGAAACACAAGACAUAAUAGCCAAAAAUCAAUUUGAUGUGCCACACCAAGUUUCAAAGCCUGAAAUUACCGACUGGGACAAAGAUCGAAUUGAUAUUGAAUGGAAACCGCCCAGUGAUACGGGUGGAUUGCCUAUUCAAGAAUAUAUCAUUGAAAAAAAGGAAAAGGGUAGCCCAUUAUGGAUAGAAGCUGGCAGAACUGGUGGAGCUACUACAGCUUUCUCAGCUGGUGGUUUGAAACCUGGUUCAGAAUACGAAUUUCGAGUUGUAGCAGUAAAUGAAGUUGGUCCAUCUGACCCAUCAGAACCCUCAGAUGGUCAAAUAGCUCGGCCAAGAUAUGUAAAACCAGAAAUUAUUUCCCAAACAUUUAAAUAUAGAGUUAAGGCAGGUUUAUCACUAACAGUGGAAGCAGAAUACAUAGGUUCACCAGACCCAUCCGUAAUCUGGGAAUUCAGGGAAGGUCAACCGCUAGCUUCAAAUCUACUCGUAAACAUUAAGAAGGGAAUAUUAUCAAGCAACACGAGUUUUUUCAUGCCAUCUGCUAAGCGAUCUGAAAGCGGAACUUACUUACUAAAACUGAAAAAUGACGUUGGCGAAACAUUUGGAUUGUUUGAAGUAAUCGUUCAGGACAGACCUUCACCGCCAAAGGGACCGAUUGAAGUAACUGAAGUAACUAAAGAAAGUUGCGUUCUUCAUUGGCAGCCCCCAGAUGAUGAUGGUGGCUCUCCAAUCACUAAUUACAUAGUAGAGAAACGUGAUCUGCAAUCUAAUACUUGGACGCCAACUUUGAUCUUUAUUCCCGGUUCUACGGUCAUGAUACCGAAACUUAAUGAAGGUCAUCAAUAUGAAUUUCGAGUCAUGGCUGAAAACGCAUAUGGAAAAUCAGAUCCAUUGAAUACUGAUUCUCCCGUGCUUGCAAAGGAUCCUUUUGGUAGUCCAGGUAAGCCUGGCCGACCAGUUGCUACUGAUCAAGAUGCGGAUCACAUUGAAAUUGAAUGGGAAGCACCCAAGGAUAAUGGUGGAAGUUCGAUAUCUCAUUACGAUAUUGAACGCAAAGACCUGAAAACUGGACGCUGGAUCAAGAUUAAUACCGAACCAGUGAAAGGUACAAGUUUUAUGGAUGAGCGUGUCCAAGAAGGUCAUACUUAUGAAUAUCGUGUGCGAGCUACAAACAAAGCUGGUCCAGGAGAAAAUUCAGAUCCUUCAGCUGCAAUCACUGCAAAACCAAUGUUCCAAGCUCCACAUUUUGAUCUCGAUAUCGAUGGUAAAGAAUUCCGAGUUCGUGUCGGUGAACCACUAGAUAUCAACAUUCCUUUCACAGCAUCACCAAAACCCCAAAUUAAAUGGGUAAAAGAUGGGCAGACUCUUAACAACGUAGAAACAGAUGAUUCAAAAACACAUCUUUUUAUUAAAGAAAGUAAGCGAUCAGAUUCUGGUAAAUGCACUAUUUAUGCAUCUAAUCCUUAUGGUGAUGCGCAAGCAACGCUUAAGAUUUCUGUGCUUGAUCGACCAGGGCCUCCAGAAGGCCCAUUGACUUAUCCAGAGUCAUCGCGUCAUUCCGUGACUUUGAAAUGGAAUCCACCUAAGGAUGAUGGUGGCUCUGAAAUUACUGGUUAUCGAAUUGAUUACCAGGAAGUAGGCAUUUCUAAGUGGGAACGUGUUAUUGAAGCAGUUGGUGGUACGACAUAUACUGUUCGUGCAUUAGAUCAUGGCAAACAAUAUCGUUUUCGUGUACGGGCUGAAAAUGUUAUUGGAUUGGGUGAAUCUUUAGUAGGCGCACCAGUUGUUGCGAAAGAUUCGUUUGACCCACCAGGACCACCCAGCACUCCUGAUGUUACUGGAUAUGAUCGUAAUCAAAUAAGCUUAUCCUGGAAACCUCCUCAAAACGAUGGUGGAUCACCUAUAUUGGGCUACAUAAUAGAAAAAUUUGAAAAAAGUGGCAGUGAUUGGGUAGCUAUUAAGACACGCUUGAUCAGAGGUACUGAGACGACUGUAACUGGGCUAAUGGAAGGAGAAACAUACCAGUUUCGUGUGCGAGCCAUUAAUUUGGCUGGAGAAGGUCAACCAAGUGGAAGCACAGAACCAACUAUUUGUCGUCCAUUUAUUUGUGUACCAGGUGCACCAGAUCAACCACGAAUUGGCAAAAUCACAAAAGAUUCUGUGGAAUUAACUUGGAAUCGUCCUUUGAAAGAUGGUGGAGCCCCGAUUGAAGGUUAUAUUAUUGAAAGGAGAGAAGCUGGUAAAAGCGAUUGGAUAUUAUGUAACGAUAAACCAGUUAGAGAUGCUCAUUUUGUUGUGAAACCGCUUAAAGAAAAUGAAGAAUUUGAAUUUCGUGUAAAAGCUGUCAACUGUGUUGGAACAGGAGAACCAUCCAAGCCAACUGAUAUGGUACGUGUCAGGGAACAGCCAGGUCGGCCGUGUCUAGAUUUGUCUGCUAUCAAGGAUAUCACUGUAAAAGCUGGUGAAGAUUUUGAAAUCCGAAUUCCAUUUACUGGUGGUAAUCCUAAACCAAUUCCAACUGCUUAUAAUGGCAUAAAGGAAAUAUUUGAUGAUGAUCGCGUCAACAUUGAAGUAAAUGACGGAUUUGUAACUUUAAAGACUAAAUCAGCACAAAGAUCAGAUGCUGGACCGUAUCGCAUCACUUUAACCAACUGUUAUGGCAAAGAUACAGCGAAACUAAAUGUCAAUGUAUUGUCACCUCCUGGAAAGCCUGUUGGACCAAUAUCAGCAAGCGAAAUAACCGGUGAAGCAAUAACACUCCACUGGUUUCCGCCACUUGACGAUGGGGGUGCUGGCAUAAGUAAUUACGUAGUGGAAAAACGUGAACCAGAUGGAACAUGGACUAAAGUUGGUCAACCAGUUGGUACAAGUUUCCGAGUCCGUAAUCUCGAAAAUGGAAAACCGUACGAAUUUCGGGUUUCGGCAGAAAAUCAAUAUGGAGUUGGUUUGCCCCUUGAAACAGCAGAAGCAAUUAUUGCAAAGGAUCCAUUCGAUAAGCCUGGACCUCCUGGAAAACCGGAACCUACUGUAACAACAGAUGACACAAUUACGUUGCAGUGGACUUGCCCAGUAAAGAAUGGUGGUUCACCAAUUCUAGGUUACGCACUCGAAAAGCGUGAAGAAGGUGGCAAUUGGUCAAAAUGUGUUUUUGGUCUUAUUAAUGACACACAAUAUAGGGUCACUGGUUUAACACCUCAUAAGCGUUAUGAAUUCCAUGUAGCUGCGGUAAAUGGAGUUGGCCAGGGUUUAUGGAGUGAUAAGAGUGAUUUAAUUACAGCUCAGGUUGAAGCUGUAAGGCCAAGAAUACAGCUUUCUUUACUUGGCAGAGAUAUAACAGCUCGUGUUGGAACUCCUGUAAAGAUUCUGAUACCAUUUUCAUCCAGCCCUUCACCAGAAAUAACUUGGCAAAAGAAUAGUAAACCAGUUGAUGAGAAAUCAAAACGUUUAAAACUUGAGUCAAAUGAUUUCUUAACUCAACUGUCAUAUGAAAAGUGCGAACGGGAUGAUACGGGUAUUUAUACCAUCAAGCUUGAAAAUGAUGCAGGUUCAGAUAGCUUAAAUGUUAAAUUAUGGGUUGUCGAUUGUCCGUCACCACCGAAAAAUCUUACGAUCUCUGAUAUUACACCGGAUUCCUGCGUUUUAGACUGGGAACCACCAAACGAUGAUGGUGGUUCGCAUAUUACCAAUUAUAUUGUGGAAAAAUGUCAUAUUCGUACAGGUUCAGAUGAUGUAUGGGAGAAAGUUAGCUCAUUUGUACGUGGUACUAACUACGAAGUUAUUAGCCUUGUUGAAAAUGAACGUUAUAAAUUCCGAGUUCGAGCUGAAAAUCAAUAUGGUAUAUCAGAGCCAGCGGAAUUACACGAUACUAUUGUUACUCGCUAUCAGUUCAAAGUGCCAUCACAACCUGAUCCUCCCAUUAUUCGUGAUAUGGAUAGCACUUGGGCUGAAUUGGAGUGGGAACCACCAUCUGAUGGAGGCUCCAAGAUUCUUGGAUAUCUUCUACAUUAUAGAGAGUCAGGAUCCAAUAGAUGGAUUAAUGUUAGUUUACAACCAAUUGAUGGCACUAGUUUCCGAAUUCAGAAUUUGAAAGAUGGAGGUGAAUAUGAAUUUCGUGUUGUUGCAAAAAAUAAAGCUGGCUUAUCUAAGCCAUCACAACCAUCAGAAACAGUACGGCUGAAACCGAAAUUCGGACUGCCUGGGCCUCCAAUACAAGUGGCCGCAAAAUCAAUUGGACGUAACUACGUAACACUUACUUGGGCUCCUCCAAUUGACGAUGGUGGUUCAAAAAUAACUGGAUACAUUGUUGAGAGUCGAGAACUUGGAAUACAAAGUUGGAGAGUUGUUAGUGACUAUAAUGUUAGAGAGCCCGAAUUCACUGUUCCUAAUUUGAUCGAGUUCCAUGACUAUGAAUUCAGAAUCACAGCCAUUAGCAAGUAUGGUAAAGGACAGCCAUCAUUACCCUCAUCACCUAUUAAAAUUCAAGAAAUGAGCGGUUCCAAACCUGUAAUUGUUGUAAAACCAGCUGACAUGACCUCUCCUUACAAUCGUCGUGCUGUAUUUACAUGCGAAGCUGUUGGCAGACCAGCACCAACUGCACGCUGGUUGCGUAAUGGACGUCAAAUACCGGAAGGUGCACGCUAUCGUACUGAAGUACAGGACGAAAUUUUCAAGCUUACUAUCAAAGAAGUAUGGGAUAUUGAUUCUGGCGAAUAUACCUGUGAAGUCUCAAAUGCAUAUGGCACUGACUCUGCAACAGCAACAUUGACUGUGCAAGCGCCGCCAGUAAUCGAAAAGAGUGUUGCAAAUGCUGUUUAUGCUGAUGGCGAGUUAGUACGUCUCAAGAUUUAUUUUUCUGGCUCAGGCCCAUUCAGAUAUGCACUUACUUUAAACAAGGAAGAAAUACCAAUGGAUCAUCCAAAUAUACAUUUCGUUGAUUUUGAUAAUCACGUGAUCAUCACUAUUCCAUCGAUUCACAGUAGCGAAGCUGGUCGUUAUGAAUUAAUAGUUAGCAACGACAGUGGUGAAGCUAAUACUAGUUUCUGGUUAAAUGUUACUGGUCUGCCAUCGGUACCAUUAGGUCCUUUACAAUUUUCGGACGUGAACAAGUCACAAGUCUUACUUAGUUGGAAACCUCCUGUAAAUGAUGGCGGUGCAAGAAUAAUGAAUUAUGUUGUUGAAAAACGUGACUUAACGAGAGAUGAAUGGACUCAAGUUGCAACAUUCGUAAGGGAUAUUAAUUAUUUGGUUGGUGAUCUGUUCGAUGGACAUGAAUAUGAAUUUAGAGUUAGUGCCGUUAAUGAAAAUGGACAAGGCCCACCUUUAGUUGGGGAUCAAUCAGUUAUAACACGAUUACCAUUUGAUCCUCCAUCAGCUCCUGGAAAACCGGAGGGAACGAAUAUUGAUGGAAACUCGUUAACUUUGAAUUGGAAUCGACCAUCAACAGAUGGAGGUGGUCGCAUUCGUGGUUAUCUCAUUGAAAAGAAAGAAGUAGAUUCGGACGUAUGGCAAAAAUGCAAUCAUCAUCCACACCCAUCCACUUCUUACACUGUAAAUAAUCUAAUUGAAGAUCGUAACUACGUUUUCCGCAUAUUUGCAGUAAAUGAUGCUGGAAAUUCGGAACCAUCUGUGAGUGAUGUUGUCAAGCAUACUUAUUCUGCAUCUGGCCAAGCACCAACACUGAUAACGCCAUUGGUAGAUGUGUAUGGUGAAUAUGGACGAUCAAUACUAAUCAUAUAUGAUUUGCAUGGAGAUGAUGCUGAUGAAUAUACUUGUCGUGCAACAAACUCACAGGGCUCAAAAUCAACUCAUGCACAACUUACUAUUCGCUCUAAGCCUCGUGUCUUCCUUCCGCCUAGGUAUCAUGGUGGUUAUGAGGCGAAAAAAGGCGAAAUUAUUGAGCUGAAAAUACCAUUCAAAGCUUUUCCGCAACCAACAGCGAAAUGGUUUAAAAACAAUGAGCUUCUUACUGAUUCUGAUAAAUACAAGAUUACUACAGAUGAAAGGUUCACAACUCUGAUGAUCUCAAAUGGUGUUCGAGAAGACUUUGGACAAUACCGUGUAGUAGUAGAAAAUAAUAUUGGUUCUGAUUCGGCUGCCUUAGUUUUAACUGUUGCUGAUCGGCCUGAUCCACCUCGAUUCCCAAUAGUUGAAAAUAUCUUGGAUGAAGCUGCUAUUCUGUCAUGGAAAACACCAGAACUGGAUGGUGGUGCAAUGAUCACUAACUACAUUGUUGAAAAGCGUGAAGCAGUUGUUGGACAGUGGGAAAAAUGUGCUAAAUCACGUUACACUUACUUGACUAUAGAAGGUCUCAAGCCUAAACACACCUACGAAUUCCGUAUCAGUGCUGAAAAUAAGUACGGUCAAUCAAAGCCUUGUGAAUCAACAGCUCCAAUUACUAUCCCUGAACAACGCACUCAUAAAAGGGGUCGAGAUGUCGAUGAUUUGGGUAAAAUUGUUCAUGGAAAAGGGCCAAUAUCUGAUAACUAUGAUGCUUAUACAUUUGACAUUUGGAAGCAGUAUUAUCCACAGCACGUAGAACCGAAACGAGAAUCAGUUUAUGAUUACUAUGAUAUUUUGGAAGAAAUCGGAUCGGGUGCAUUUGGUGUUGUUCAUCGUUGCGUUGAACGAGCAACAGGCAAUACAUUUGCUGCCAAAUUUGUCAAUACACCGCAUAACGUCGAUAAAGAUACAGUUCGUAAGGAGAUUAGCACCAUGUCUAUCCUCAGACAUCCAAGUUUAAUAAACUUGCAUGAUGCUUUUGAAGAUGACCAAGAAAUGGUCAUGAUUUAUGAAUUCAUGUCUGGUGGUGAGCUGUUCGAAAAAGUUUCUGAUGAAAAGAAUCGAAUGUCUGAAGCAGAAGCAGUUGAUUAUAUCCGACAAGUAUGUGAAGCAUUACGUCACAUGCACGAGAUGAAUUAUGUACAUUUGGAUCUAAAACCUGAAAAUAUCAUGUUCACAGCAAAGAAAAGUGACCGAUUAAAACUGAUCGACUUUGGUUUAACAGCGAAAUUAGAUCCUAAAGAUAUUGUCAAAGUUACAACAGGUACGGCAGAAUUUGCAGCACCGGAAGUGGUAAAUAAUAAGGCUGUAGGAUUCUAUACUGAUAUGUGGAGCGUGGGCAUACUUGCAUACAUUCUUGUAUCCGGUCUUUCACCAUUUGGAGGAGAGACUGACGAAGAGACACUUCGAAAUGUGAAGAAAUGUGACUGGAAUAUGGAUGAUCCUUGCUUUGCAACUAUUUCUCAAGAUGGGAAGGACUUCAUUAGAAAGCUACUCAUAUUGGAACCAAAAAAUCGAAUGUCCAUACACGAGGCUUUGGAACAUCCAUGGUUGAAUGGUACAGCUACUAACAUGUCUUCACAACGGAUACCUAGUAAUCGCUACCACAACGUUCGUGACUCAGUUCGGCAAAGAUAUGAUGCUUGGCCAGAGCCAAAUCCACCACUAGGACGCAUUUCAAACUACAGUUCUCUCAAAAAGCACCGUCCAGCAGAAUAUCACAUUCAUGAUACAUGGUUCAACAGAGAAGAAGGCCUUCCACGAUUUGUCGUUAAACCUUUUAAUACAAGCUGUGUUGAAGGUGGUAAUGCUACUUUUUCAUGCAGAAUUAUUGCUUCAUCGCCACCAACAGUAACGUGGCAUAAAGAUGUAGAUGAACUACGACAAAGUACUAAAUAUAUGAAAAAAUACAAUAAUAAUAACUACAUGAUAACGAUAAAUCGAGUUAAAUCGGAAGAUAGUGGUGAAUAUACCGUAAGAGCUCAAAAUUCGUAUGGUUCUGCAGAAGAAGUUGUAGUCCUCAAAGUGAUUGAAUCAGUAGAGCGACAAAGUCCAUCAAGAGUUCUAGAACCUGAAAAACGAGCUUAUUCAUCACGAGAACCGCAAUCAUUCAAAGAACUUCUUGCGGCUCCAAAGUUCACGUUUCAUCUUCGUCAACGACUUAUUCAGAAAAAUCAUCCUUGUAAAUUAAUUUGCAAUGUACAAGGCAAUCCACUUCCUAAGAUUGAGUGGUUCAAAAAUGGCUUGUUAGUUGAUAAAGAUCGAAUACAUCUAACGUACCGAAGUGGUGUAUGUACUAUGGAACUGUUUAACACUCAAAUGGAUGAUGCGGGUACCUACCGUUGUGAGGCAACAAAUGAUUUGGGAACUGAUUAUACUGAAUGUGCAGUUACUGUACAAGGUAGAGGUGGUGAAUCAAUACCGAUAAAUACGUUUCGUUCAAGACGGGUUUAUGACUCACUAAACAUUAGCAAUAUCGCACGGUCACAUUCUAGUACUGAUGUUUCAUCACGAGUCGGUCAUGACGUAUUAACAUCACAAUCUCAGAGUGAUUCACUUCCAAAACAUGAUAUUAAACCACCUAUUUUCACUUCAAAACUGUGCAAUCGUAUAGUAAAAGAAGGAGAACAAGCUGAAUUUGUUUGUUCGAUUUCUACAGAGGCCGAAUUGUUAGUUGAAUGGCUCCACAACGGUAAACUUAUUACCAGUGGUAAUAAUGUAAGGAUUUCUCUCGUAACAGGUCAGGCUUCAUUAAUAAUCGAUCAUGUAGCAGACAAACAUGAAGGCGAGUACUGCUGUCGAGCAAGUAAUUCAGGAGGUUCAGAAACAUGCAGAGCUGAUCUUGUCGUGAAGAAAACGGGAACCAGUGAUGUAGAAUUUGCAACUGGUGCAACAUCUGAAGGAGAUAUCGAGAAACCGGUACUUCCUAAUGGAGAUGUAAGACUAGAAGACGAAAAAAUGACUGGAACAUUACGCAUAAUUCGUCAUCUCGAAGGACUUCAAGUUAAUUCUGGCUCCAAAGCAACUUUCUCAGUUGUAUCCACUGAAACUGCAGAUAAAAUCUCAGAUAUAUCCGUGGGUGAUCAUGGAAUUUAUCAAGUGGAUUUAUUGCAAAAUGGCAAAACGCUUACUUCAGUUGCAUCACUUGUUGUAUUAGAUAAACCAAAUGAACCACGAAUUUCAAAGCUUCCGCAAUCUGUGACUGCUAAAAUUUCAACUCCCAGUAAAUUGGUUCUUGAAAUGGAAAAUGCAGACGGUUAUACAGUCCAGUGGUUCAGUGGUUCUAGUAAAGUUGAAAAAUCUGACCGCAUCAAAUCAGUUAAAUUUGGAAAUGCCUUCAAAUUAGAUUUUAAGGAAGUUCAACCUAUUGAUGAAGGAAUUUACACAGUCAAAAUAAUCAAAGAUAAGAAAGCAGUAUGCAAAUACGCAGCCGCACUGUUGGUUGAACAGUAG